AUGGCGCUCUCGGCGAAGCCCGAGGCCGCGCGGGGCCGCCGCGCGCCGCCGCUGGCGCGCCCGGCCGCCUGGCUGCUGGCGCUGCCGCCGCUGCUGCUGUGGCCCGCCGCUGGGCCAGGCGCGCGCCCGUUCGCGGGCGGGGCGCGGGGCGGCGCCUGGCCGCAGCGGCCCGGCCACCAGCGAGCGGCGAGGUGGUGCGGGACGUGCCGUGGCAGCGGGCAGGCUGUUGGACUUAUCCAGACACUGCUGCGGAUCCUCCCUCCCAUGCAGUACGACGACCCCGGGUGGCUGAACCUGGCCAUAAGCGCCUACCUCGACGACGAGUGGACGGAGCAGGCGGUGCACCAGCGCAUCGGGGAGGCGGUGGGCGCCAUCUACAAGCAGGCCCGUGCUUCCGGGGACGACGACCUCAUGACCAUCCUCGCGGCGAUCGCCUUCGGGCUCAAGGAGGUGUGGGGCACGGGCCGGUUCGACGAGGCGUUCGAGGGGCCCGUCGAGAUCGCCAACCGCGCGGCGGAGAUGCUGAUGCUCCGGGCGGGCUACACGGUCUGGAGCGGGGGGAGGAGCCACACCGAGCUGCACGAAAGCAUUUUGCGCCACAUGGACAGGUACGGCAAGGCACCCUGCGCCCCAGUCCUGCAUUGCCCCGCUGUGCCGGCGACCACUUGCGUCUGUGAGACGCCGUCGCCGCUGGCAGUGGCCGGCGGGGUGACGGUGUUGACGCUGCUGGUCGUCGCCGCGUACGUGCUCGGUGCCGUGUGGGGGUUCCCGACCGUCGAACGGCGCUCGGCGUCCGAGGCUGGACCGACAGUCGUGGUGAAGGAGGCGGUCCCGUUGCUUGAGGAGCAAGCUCGGGCGCAGCUGUCCUUCGUGCGGUGCCUGAAGAUGAACACGUCGUCGGGGGGCAAGCUGGCGGACCUCGAGUUCGGGCAGGGCGAGGAGGUCUACGCCGCGCAGGCGGACCUGGCGAACUACUUCUACCACCUCGCGAUCGAGGGGGAGCUGUCCGAGUACUUCGCCCUCCCCGCGGUCGACGUGUCCUUGCUGAGGGCCACGCGCAGGGCAGUGGCGCCCAAGGCCAAGGCGGGCGCCAAGGCCAGUGCCGAGGCGGAGCCCAAGCAGUCGGCGGCGGCCGCGGAGGCGCCCUGGGUGCACGGCGGCGGCAAGCCUCGGCGGGUGCGUUUCCGCGAGGCGGAGGUCGUCGAGAUCAAGGAGGACGACGAGGCCGACCAGCUGGCAGCAGCGCUGCGGCUGCUGGAGGAGCGCGGAGUCCAGCUUGAUGAGGAGGCGCAGAAGAAGCUGGGAGUCGGCAGGCAGGCCGACCCAAGCAAGGCAGGCCCAGAGGCGCCCAAGUCGCACCACGCCACGGUGCAGAGCGCCAUGUGGAAGGUCAAGAACACGGCGGGCAAGCUCGAGAGGUCUCAGCAGAACCUGGAGGCCGCACAGGAGGCGUUGGCGGACGCCCAGCUGGCGGUGGACAAGGCCGCGGAGGCCGAGGAGGCCGCAGCCAAGGCCCACGCCCAGGCGCAGGACCUGCUCGAGCGCGCCAGGAGGGUGGAGCAGGCGGGCCUCCCGCCUGAGGCACAGCUCGACCAGCGCGCGCAGGACGUCGACAGGCUGGCCCAAGCCACCCUCGGAGCGAGGUACGCCGCCGAGCUCAAGGACCAUUUCGAGGGCGAGGAGGCCGUCCAGGUUACCCAGGCCAUCGAGCUCUUCUCAAAGCUCGCCGCCGCGAGCAAGGCCCGCAUCGAGGCGGCCAAGCGGGCGGCGGAGGCCCCACCCUCUGGGGCGCCUGCUGCUGCUGCUCCUGCUGGGCGCCCUCCCGACAGCGAGGGCGGGUCACCAGCAGCCGCGGGAGGGGACGCAAUGCAGGAGGAGGGCGACGACUUCGACGCCAGAGUGGAGGCCCUCGAUGGGGCCAAACGAGCCGAGGUCGAGCGCUUCCUCGAGUCGCACGGCUGCUCCUUGCCCAAGCGCCUGCGCCUCCCAGCGGGCUCCGCUGCAGGCAAAGGCGCGGCCGAGGCAGCAGAGAAGAGCGAGGACCAGGAAGAGGCGCAGGGCGACAUCCUCUUCGUGCAGGAGACGGGCGUGGCGCCAGGCUUGCUUUCGGAGCUGGCGGACGCCAUCGCGGCGAUCGUACCCGGCGGCGCCGCAGGCAGCCAGGGCCCGUCAGAGGAUGGCCCCGAGCCUGCCAGGGAGGCCGACGACGCCGCCCCAGGAGGGGCUCCCGAGAACGUCGGGGCCGCCGUGCUGGACGAGCCCUUCGACCAGGGAGCGUCGGCCGAGGCGUUGCGAGGAGUUCGCGCGUGCUACGACGAGGACUGGACAGCGGUCGUCCACUCCUUGAAGGGCGACGUGCUGGACUUGCCCCCGUGCGCCGCCACGGAGAGCGAGACUGAGCCUGCAGGGCAGGUCAGCGGCGCAGGCCAGAGGCACUCGGACGAGGAGGCGGUUGAGUGCGUGGCCAAGGUCGAGCGGCUAGACCCUGCUGCGGGGCUCGAGGUCGGCCAGGGGGGAGACGACGCGAGGCGCCCAGCGGCUGGCGGAGAUCGGUCUCGGCAUGAGGGCGCUGGGGCGAGGCAGUCACAGCAGUUGAGGUCUGGCGAGGCCCCGCGGGCCACGGGCAGCCGGCCUCGGACUCUGGGCGAGCUCUACGCCAGCUUCGCGGCGCUGCUGGAGGAGGACUUGGGCGGCCUCUUCGACAUGGAGCAGGAGGACCUGACGAAGUGCGCGGGCCGCGGCGAGUCCGCCCGCUUCCAGGAGGGCACCAUCAGCGCCAGCAGGCCCGGAGGUCCCGCGGCCCCGCAGGACGAGCCCGAGCCGCGGGUCGCGCAGGCCACUCCAGGCGAGCGGGUGAGAAUGCCCCCGUUCAGCGGCAUGGAGUAUCUGUUCCUCCCGGCCGCGUGGAAGUCUGCCAGCGACGAGCGCUACCCGGUGGUCGUCUUCCUGCACGGCAUGGGUGACGGCAAGUUCAGCGUCAUGAACUCCCAGAGCCUGCCGCGGCUUCUCUCGAACAACCAGAGCACGGCCUUCGACCCGCGGCCCUGCUGGUGCCUGGAGGCUCGAUACUGGCAGGCCAGCGCGGCGCGCGAGGCCGCCCCGGCGGACCCGGCGCCGUUCUUGGAGGAGGAGGAGCAGCUGCAGAGCCCGAUGGCGGACUGCAACUUCGCGAGCGAGUUCCAGGCUAUCGUCGUGAUGCCCCAGGGCUGGUUGCCAGGGGGCGACAUAGGCUGGACCGAGGACAAGCUCAGCCAGGUCAGCGCGUUAUUUUGCCUCGGCGUCGUAUCGUUGUUUUCCUUGGACGUCGUCCAUCAGGGAGCCUCAAGUAUCACAUGA